AUGGCCCAAGCUGCCAAACAGUUAAAAAAGAUCAAAGAUGUGGAAGCUCAGGCACAGCUGGAGCAGGAGAAAAAGGAGGAGGAGAAGAGGAAGCGGAGGAACCGUUCACGGGAGCGCAAAAGGAAGGCAGACGCUGCGACCAGUUUCCUCCGAGCAGCCCGAUCUGGGAACUUGGACAAACUCCUCGACUACCUGAAGGCUGGGACCGAGAUCAACACGUGUAACCAGAAUGGCCUGAACAGCCUGCAUCUGGCUUCGAAGGAAGGUCACGUCAAGGUGGUGUCAGAGCUCAUACACCAUGGCAUCGCGCUGGAGACCGUCACCAAGAAAGGGAACACAGCUCUGCACAUCGCCGCUCUGGCUGGGCAGGAACAAGUUGUCAAGGAACUUGUCCACUAUGGAGCCAACAUCAACGCCCAGUCCCAGAAAGGAUUCACACCGCUCUACAUGGCUGCUCAGGAGAAUCACCUCGACGUGGUGAAGUUCCUGCUGGAAAAUGGUGCCAACCAAAACGUUGCGACUGAGGAUGGGUUCACCCCGUUGGCUGUCGCCCUGCAACAGGGCCAUGAGAAUGUGGUGGCCGUGUUGAUCAGUUAUGGGACCAGGGGGAGAGUCUGCCUGCCUGCCUUACACAUCGCAGCUCGCAACGAUGACACACGGACCGCGGCGGUACUCCUUCAGAACGAUCCCAACCCUGAUGUCUUGUCCAAGACGGGCUUCACACCACUCCACAUUGCAGCGCAUUACGAGAAUCUCAACAUCGCCCACAUGUUACUGACCCGAGGGGCAAACAUUAACUUCACCCCCAAGAAUGGAAUCACGGCCUUGCACAUCGCCUCCAGACGAGGGAAUUCCAAAAUGGUCAGGUUCCUCUUGGAUCGGGAAGCUCAGAUCGACGCUCGCACAAAGGACGAGCUGACGCCUCUUCACUGUGCGGCAAGAAAUGGCCACGUUCGCAUCGCCGAGAUCCUCCUAGAUCGCCGCGCCCCCAUUAUGGCUAAGACCAAGAACGGCCUGUCUCCGAUCCACAUGGCUGCUCAGGGUGAACACCUGGACUGUGUGCGCCUCCUGCUCCAGUACGAAGCGGAAAUCGAUGAUGUGACCCUGGAUAACCUGACCCCUCUACACGUGGCUGCUCACUGUGGGCACCACAAGGUAGCCCGCCUCCUGCUGGACAAAGGGGCCAAGGCGAGCGCCAGGGCACUGAACGGCUUCACCCCGUUACACAUUGCCUGCAAGAAAAACCACAUCCAAAUGAUGGAGCUGCUGCUGAAACAUGGAGCUUCGCUCGAGGCUGUGACUGAGUCGGGGCUAACCCCCCUGCACGUUGCUGCCUUCAUGGGGAACCUGAACAUUGUCACCAAGUUACUGCAGCAUGGGGCCUCUCCCAAUGUCUCCAAUGUGAAAGUUGAAACCCCAUUGCACAUGGCAGCCAGGGCCGGGCAGACUGGCGUGACACACUUCCUUCUGGAGAACAACGCUGACGUUGAUGCCAAAGCUAAAGACGAUCAGACCCCCCUGCACUGCGCCGCCCGCCUCGGCCAUCUCGAAGUGGUCAAGCUCCUGCUGGCAAACGGGGCGUGCCCAAGAUCGGCCACCUCCACCGGCCAUACGCCCCUGCACCUGGCCUCCCGGGAGGGCCACCUGGAUGUGGCGGAGGUGCUGCUAGACCAUGGUGCCUCACUCACGCACAUGACCAAGAAAGGCUUCAGCCCUCUCCACAUGGCUGCAAAGUAUGGAAGGGUGCAAGUCAUGGAGAUGCUUCUGCAACAUGGUGCACAGCCAAACUGCGCAGGAAAGAACGGCCUGACCCCUCUCCAUGCGGCAGUGCACCAUGACCACGCCGACAUUGUGGAGCUCCUCCUGAGCCACGAGGCAUCCCCACACUCAGCAGCCUGGAAUGGAUACGCCCCAUUACACAUCGCAGCCAAACAGAACCAGGUGGAGAUCGGGAAGAAACUGCUGGAACAUGGAGCAUCACCCGACACCGAGUCCUUUCAGGGAGUGAGCCCCUUACACCUGGCUGCCCAGGAUGGCCACGUCGACAUGGUGGCACUCCUGCUGGAGCACGGAGCGAAUGCCAGCCUGGCCAGUAAGAAUGGCCUGACACCGUUACAUCUGGUCGCCCAGGAGGACACGGUCCCUGUCGCUGAAUUACUCAUCGAUCAUGGAGCAUCGACCGAGCCAACCACCAGGAGUGGAUACACACCCCUGCAUGUGGCCUGUCACUAUGGAAACAUCAACAUGGUGAAGUUCCUGCUCCAGCACAAAGCCAAUGUCAAUUCAAAGACCCAGGUCGAGUACACCCCCCUGCACCAGGCUGCUCAGCAAGGUCACACCGACAUUGUUAAUCUCCUCCUCAAGCACGGAGCGUCUCCGAAUGAAACCAACGCGAGUGGCAGCUCUGCACUCGCAAUCGCAAAGAGACUUGGCUACAUCUCUGUCACCGAUGUCUUAAAGAUGGUGACAAACGAACCCGUGAACAUGCCACCGGCAGGCAUGCAGUCCCACGAUGUCUGGGCCCAGACCCGAGCGCCAAGCCUCCCACCGUCGGCGCAGCAAUUCCCCCACGCCAUGCCGCCUUUCGGGAGCGGUGUUGUUUCCAGACCAGCUCCAGGCUGGCAGAACACAUCCAUGUACGAGCAGAAGGAUCUCCCGUAUCCCGUGAACCAUCAGGAUCUCCGGGGAGCCUGCCUCAGCGGCCCUGGUUACACAGGGAGUGAGCAGCAGCCUGCAGGCUACGCCCCCGUGCCGAGCCCGGACCAGCCCGCAAACCCGCCGCCCGCUCCCAGGGUGGAGUACAGCGCCCCCCCGACCGUCUACAAGCCCCCCAAGGAGAAAGCCGCCGCCCCGACCAGCAAUGGGCUGCAGCCGGCCGGAGUCGCCGGCCAUCCCGGGCACGCCAAGGUGGAGCAGGUCCUGGCCACGCUGCAGCAGCUGGAGGCCGAGGUGGACCGCUUCAGCGGCAAGAAGGGUGACAAGAUGUACCGCUUGCUGGAGGAGCUGCUCACCAAGCAGCUGCUGGAGGCCGACGCCGUGGAAACAGACGGUCACGAGCACGUCCGGCUGGCCCGCAAGGAUGCUGUGCACAAGAUUCAGGGUGUGCUGGAGAAACUGGAGACUCUGGCAGGCUAGACCCGCGGAGGGAGCGUGCCCGACGCUGUCCCGUGUCACCGUUUUCGAGCGAGUACCCACCGCCGGUGACUCGCCAUAGGAAGCCGGUCGACUGACCAGGGCAGCACAAUGACUAACCCCACCCCCCCAACAACCUUCCACCCCACCAGCCCACUGCUGCUGAUAGGACCCUGAUACCACUCAGUAGAUAGCUCAGCUUGCGCUGCAGACAUGCUGGGAAACGUGUGCUCUGACAGAAGUGUUGCCUUGUCAACAUCUACGACCAGCCAAGAGAAGACUUUCCCUCUGGCAGCAAGCGUGGGAAUAUACCGCGACCGAUUUUACAGGAAUCCCUCUUUUUCUUGGUUUUGACAGCAGAUUGAUUAAAGCCCUCUCACUAGAACCAGCGACCGUCAUUUCACUGCGCUGGGGUUGCAGCGCCCAGCCGAUGAACACCCCAUCCCAGAGCCAGGGUCGGUGACAAACAAAUAGAUGGUCCUUUUGCCCACCCUCCCAGAACGUGCCGUGCCGUGCCGUCGGAGGGAGGGCGAGUGUGUGUUUCGAAGCGAUGCCUGUCUGCCCAGAGGUACCUGCAUUGACGGACGCUGACCACGAGCCAGAUUCACCUUCGCACUCUGCAACAAGGUCUGAUUACCUUUGUUUAUAUCAACCUCACAGACCACUUGCAAUCAGUCACCGCCCUCCCCCUGCUCUGACACUGUCAUCUCCUCCCACCGCUCCCCAUUUUAAAAAAAAACACAAAUCCUGAUAAAAGCCACUUGGAAAUCUUAGGUGACAAGGAUUUCUCUGUAAUAAAAUGCGAAACACUGCCACGGCAGGGGUCUGAGCACAAGGACGAUUGGUGGAAACACUGGCAGAAAACAGAGAGGUUCAUGAUAAGUUAUGUUCGACUGAGUGGUGUUCAUAGGCUGUUUGAUGAACCAGUGUCUUCUCGAACCACACAGUGCGCACCUUCAAGUUCUGAUUCUCUGCCCUCCUGAUGUUUGAUUCACGGGAAUGGGAUUAAAUAAGUAAUGAACGGUAUGGAUCACUGUGUAAACGGUUAGUAGGGGGAGGAUGGAGCUCCCAGGAGAGGCAUGUAAAAUGUUUGCUCAUCGUCAGUGAAGCUGGUGCGUGUUCUCACUGUCUCCUUAUGUCCCCUCUUGGUGCUGCUCUCUGAAUACAAUACAGUGCAAGUCAAAUAGUCACCUGUAUCGACUGUGCCCAGAGCGUGGGCUUCAAACUCGGGAAGCGAAUUUGCCAUCUCUCUCGGUUCUCGGUGCUUUCUCGCUGUGCCAUUUCUUGUUCUCCCAAUCCUCUCGCACCUAGUGGUGUGGGUUUGGACAGACAGCGUGGUGCGGACUGGGGAGCAUCUCUCAACGGGACGAGCCAGACUGAGUGCUUCGCGCCUUGAGCAAAACUCUCGCUGUGAUGCAUGCUGUCCGUCCAAGCUCCGUCACAUCGCUGUCAUUCACAGAUGGAGGGGCUGGUUUUGUUUUUGCCAGGGGUGGCUAUCAGUGCCGCUCAUUAAACACUGCGUUCAUGCCUGUCUAUUUGUGCUGGUGGGGCACGGACCCUCAAUGGGUGUCUCACGGAAAACCUGUCCCCUCUUCCCACCCCCACCCCCACCUCCGUGUCUUUGUUCAUCUGUCCCUCCUUGUUGGAGGUCUCAUCCCUGCUUUCUCCAUUCUGUUCCACUCCUUCACGUCUUUUUUUUUCUUACCCCCCUGCCGCCCCUUUAAACGAGAAGCCCCUCCAUUGAUGAGCAGUUUGCACAGAACCUCGCUUUGACAGUGUAGCUUGGCAGGACUGGGACCAAUGUUCCUCAGCCUGUCUGAACCCCCGUUCCCCCACCCCCACCAAAAAAAAGAGUGGGUCCUGACCUCUCAGUGUGGCCCUUGUCUUUGGGACAGGGGGGGGUGGGGGGGGCGCACACGAGCUGGCUGCUUUCCCCCUUGUGGAGAUGCCUUUUGAAGCUUGGUUCCGAUCUCCCAAUCCUCACCCGAAGCUUGGGAAAAGUGAGAGUUUCACACUCCUUGAAGCAGAGAAGCCAACUGGGAACCCUCCACUGAGUUCUAGGCUGAGUGCAAGAACCUGGAGGCCAGUUUCCUAACUGGGCAUGUGCUCCCCCUGCAUGUUCUCCCUCACCAGCGCCUCAUCAUCUUCCCCCCCACCACCCAGCUAUCAAUGCAGCAAGAACUGAGGAUGGCCAAUACCUGCGUGCACCACUUUUGCACAAACCGAUGGGUUUUGCUUUGCCCCUCCAUCUCCACGCGGGGACUGCAACCCGAGUCUCCCCUGACUUCAGCAACUGUCUGUUCAACCAGUUCUCUCCGAGUCCCUUCGGUCGUUUUUGCCUCCUGUGUGAGCCGUCCCAGUGCCACGUUGAGUGGUGUCGGAGUUGUGAAAAGAAGGCUGUGUUUCGUUUGCUUGGGGAGUGGGUCGCAGUGGAUGACUUCUCGUGGGCUGGUGUGAAAUCUCUCGUGCCCUUCGGCUACAUCAGGCUGACUGUGGUUUUAUAUAUAAAUAUCUAUAUUCUAUAUGCAUGAUGUAACCAUUUAUACUUUGUAAACCCUUGGAACAAGAGUUCAAUUGGAAUAUGGAGCAUGGUGUCUCGUAAGUGUAAAUGCAUUCGCACACGCGUGCACACACACUAGCCUCCCCUUCAAAAUCAGAGCAGUGGCACACACCAUGAUUGACCCCAACAAACCAUGUUCCAAAAUCCACAAGAAUCUUCUGCUCACUUCUCAUUUUCCUUGUCCAACAAUCUCAGGUAUCUUGCAGUUCUUUGAUCAUUGUAAAAAAAAAAGUGGCAAUGGAUCUCACAUGUUUCGAAGGCAGCGAUGCAAAUGUUUCUUAAAAGAAAAUUAAUUUUUUGACGAGAAUUAUAUCUUUGAUAUCAAACAACAAGUGAUUGUGCUUCUUUUUGGUGAGUUGUCUGUUUGCGCCGCUGCAGUUGCUGAUCGUCUUGUAACAUGCUCUCUGUGUCAGCGUCGAGUGCGGUCUGUCUUCCAUGUCUCUCGUUUGCACUGAUCCGUGCAAUAAACGUCCCCCGUUUCACUCA